ACUGCUCGCGGUGUGCGACGAUCGUGUCUUGUUUUUUAGUCAACCGCAGCACCCGCCGACUUGCUGUCGUGUCGAAAAAAUGUUCAACCUCGGUCCCUCGCACGCGUAAACCAGUGUUCAAUUUAGUUAAUUGUAAACAGUGUAAGUGCAGUGACACGACAAUGGCUCGUCUCACCGAAGAGAUGGUUAUCGCUCGUUCGAAACAGUCGGAUUUGUCUGCGAUCAAAAAGUUGAACUGCUGGGGUGCAGAGCUCGGUGACGUCAGCCUUCUGCGGCGGAUGCCCAACGUCGAAGUACUGGCUCUCAGCAUAAACAAGAUCCGCACACUGGGCGACUUCGCGGGCUGCCGGCGGCUGCGCGAGCUCUACGUGCGCAAGAACGAGAUCCGCGACCUCGGCGAGAUCCGCCACCUGCGCCGCCUGCCCGCGCUCACCAGCCUGUGGCUCGACGAGAACCCCUGCACCACGCACCCGGAAUACAGAAUGACAGUCCUUAGGAAUCUCCCGAAUCUCGAGAAGCUUGACAAUGUUCCCGUCCACCCAGAAGAAGUGCAGGAGGCGAUGCGUCGCGGAGUUCACAUACCCGACUCAGACGACGAAGGGUACCCACAGCAGCAGGAGACAUACGGCCAAUACCGGCGGCAGCGGUCGUGCGACUCGAGUCCCGAGCGCGACGAGUGCCGCGCGCCGCCCCGCCACGACCAGGGCAGCGACAGCUCGGAGGCGGGCGCGGAGCCGGCGCCGGCGCCGGAGCCCGCGAGGCCGGAGCCGCAGCAGUGCCCUCUGUCGCCCACGAGACGAGUCUCGCCCGAGCCCGACGAGCGGUACGAGUACCCGGCCAUGACGCGAUCGCAGUACGAGGCGCGCGCGCCGCGCUCGCCCGACGCGCCGCUGCGGCACUCGCUCUCCGCACACAGCGUCAAGGACUACGCGUAUUCGACGAACGGCGAGUGCCGCUACAGCGCCGCGCCCACGCUCGCCUCGCCGCCGCACUACAGUGACGGCUGCUACGAGCGCUCGGACAGGGCGGAGUCGUACCAGCAGGUGCCAACGCGACCGGGCCCGGGUUCAGAGUGGGAUCGGGACAGGGACAGCGCGCGAGAGCGGGACAGAGACUACCCGUCCGCCGUCAUGGCCGAGCACCGCGGGUUCACGCGCCGCCCCGUCGCUAGGAACUCGAACCUGCUGUCUGCGGUGCUGUGCCUGGUGAAGGAGCUGGACUACCCCAGCCUGGAGGUGGCCGAGAUGGCCGUCAGGUGUCGCAUGGACGAGCUCGCCAACAGCCAGUGACCCCGCGCGCCCGCGCCCUGAGCCGGCGGGGCGUUCGCGGGCCGUACGCGGGGCGUCGCGGGCCUUGCGUGG